AGGAAGUAGGUAUUCAGAAUAAAGCACUGAUCCUCACUUGGGAAGCUUUAUUUCAGUCAGUCUCUCUCUAUAAGUUCUGUGCACUUUGAUAAUUUGGUCAUUUAAAAAAUAUUUAAAAGUAAUCAGAAUGGAAAUGAGAAGCAAUUUAUAUGCCAAUUCAGAAGUUGCUGCAGGCAACAGGUCUUAUUCGGAAGCCAGUGAGUACUCAUAUGAAGACGUUUAUGUCAAUGAGGACAACAUGGAUGCUCACAAGACCAGAAGUACCGAGAAACCUGCAAAAAUAGCUUCAGGAACCAAUACUGCAGGGAGCACAUGCCACAGACUGACUGCAGUGUGUCUGGGGCUGCUCUGUGUUCUCCUGCUGGCUGCCAUCACAGUGCUGUGGGUAAAGUUCACUGCAGAGAGAAACCAGUUACAGACCAGAUUGAACAAUGUUACAAACCAAAAUGAGCAGUUAAAGGAUAACUGCUGUCAGAACAAGCUGGCUGCUAUAGAUUUAUAUGGCCAACAGGGAUGGUUUUACUUCAGAUCCAAAUUGUAUUACAUAUCUCUUGAGAUGAAAACAUGGAGUGAGGGUAGACAGGACUGCAACAACAGAGGAGCAGACCUGGUGAUCAUAAACAGCAGAGAGGAACAGGAAUUCACGGUUAAAAUGGUGGGCAACAGUAAAGCUUGGAUUGGUCUGACUGACACAGAAAAGGAAGGAGAAUGGAAAUGGGUGGAUGGCACAGAAUUCACUACCGAGUACUGGAAAGAGAAUGAACCAAACGACAUAGAUAACAAUGAGGACUGUGUUGAGCAAACCAACAAGAAGGGAUGGAAUGACAAUGCAUGUUCUGAAAAACAAAUGUGGAUCUGUGAGAAAAGUGCUUUUUAGUGUUGUUGCUAAAGCACACUAGUCAUAAAUAUGUUAUAGAAUAAGCCCAAUGUACCAUAAUAGGUACAUUUUAAAUAGGUGGAUUAGGCAAAAUCAAGACACAAGUGCAAACUAUGAAGGAUGGGGAGACAGGGAGGAGAUUAAAACAAAAU